AUGGGGGGAAUGGAUUUAGGGAGAUGGUAUUUUGAAAAACUGAAAAGGAAACUAGGAGAUGGGAACCAAACCAAGUUCUGGGAUCAUGCGUGGGUGGGCGGGGAACCUCUGAAAGUCUCUUUCCCGAGGCUGUACCACCUAAGCAACAAUAGGGAGGCUACUGUGGGCGAAUCCGGAAGGUGGGAAGGGGGGAGCUGGGUCUGGGAAUUGAAGUGGCGGAGGGAUAUCAGGGAAAGAGAGAGGGAGGCGGUGUCAUCACUAACAAGUAUUAUUGCAAACUUUUGUCCUUCUGCAGGUAUUAAAGAUGGGUGGGAAUGGACAGAGGCAGCAGAUGGCAAAUAUACCACCAAAUCCGCCUAUGAUGUGAUCAAGUCAAGAAGAAACGAGAAUACACAUCACACUGCCGACAAUUGGAGAGUGGCGGCAGUAUGGAAGACGCCUGCGCCUCAUAAAUCCGCGGUAACAGCGUGGAGACUACUUCGGAAUCGAUUGCUGACGUGUGACAAUCUUAGAAAGAGGGGCGUGCUCUUGCGUGAAGAAGAUCAGGUGUGUCAACAAUGCAAUGACCAAGAGGAGACUGGCUCUCAUUUGUUUACCACAUGCGCAAAAGCUCAAGAGAUUUGGGACGAGAUACAAAAAUGGUGCGGUAUUAAUAUGGCAAGACCAGCAUCGACAGCUAUGCAUUGGGAAAUGUUCAGUCAUUGUGGUAAAAAUAAGAAGGUGCGGAGGCUGCUGCAGAUGAUAUGGAUCGGAUGUGUUUGGAUGCUUUGGAAGAAAAGAAACGAGAGAAUAUUCGAAGGAAAAGAGUCGGUAGUCGGUGACUUCAUCCAGGAAAUCAAAGCUAGAACUUGGGGCUGGAAUCGUACAUUCGGUGUAGUGGAUAUUGACAUGAAUUUUGUAUCGUGGAGCUCUAACGAUCUUAUCUCUCGACUUGUAUAA